UUGGUAAACACAGAAAAUGUUUCAAUAGAGAAAAGAGGAAACAGAACACUUUGCAGCCCUGUUAUCAGUAGAGACAGAGCUAACACUGGGGAUAUCAAACUAGAAGAAGCUCACUGGACAGGUCCGGGUAUGCAGUUCUAUUUUUGGUGGUGGCUCUAUAUCUAAUGUGUUCAUUUGUACCAAGACUUGCCUUGCCUCAUGAGGGCUAGGUAAUGACUUGUCCCUGUUCUUCACUGGACCAAGCCUAAGAGGCAUGUGCCCUGGACCUGACAGAGUGAUACUUGCUGGGGCUUUGAUGGAAAGCCACAUACGACAGGCAGCGGUGGUUCUCAACUUCUAAUGUUGAGAACCUGUGGAACUGAAGGGAUCAUCCACAGGCAAAUUGUCAAGCUGUUUAUUGGAAGAAGAAAUACUUACACUUUUCCAGUAUUUGGCCACCAUGAUGCCUGUGUUACUAAUUCUUGUGGGAGCAUCGGCAACACUGCAAGUUGACUUACUUUCUCACAAAAAGUUUUUACUUCUACCACCUGUCAAUUUUACCAUUAAAGCUACUGGAUUAGCUCAAGUUCUUUUACACUGGGACCCAAAUCCUGACCAAGAGCAAAGGCAUGUUGAUCUAGAGUAUCAUGUGAAAAUAAAUGCUCCGCAAGAAGAUGAAUAUGAUACCAGAAAGACUGAAAGCAAAUGUGUGACCCCCCUUCAUGAAGGCUUUGCAGCUAGUGUGAGGACCAUUCUGAAGAGCAGCCAUUCAGCCCUGGGCAGCAGUUGGGUUUCUGCGGAACUCAAAGCUCCACCAGGAUCUUCUGGAACCUCGGUUAUGAACUUAACUUGUACCACACACACUGUCGUAAGUAGCCACACCCACUUAAGGCCUUACCAAGUAUCUCUUCGUUGCACCUGGCUUGUUGGCAAGGAUGCCCCUGAGGACACACAGUAUUUCCUAUACUACAGGUUUGGUGUUUGGACUGAAGAAUGCAAAGAAUAUAGCAGAGAUGCACUGAACAGAAAUACUGCAUGUUGGUUUCCCAGGACACCUAUCAACAGCAAAGGAUUUGAACAGCUUGCUGUGCAUAUUAAUGGCUCAAGCAAGCAUGCUUCAAUCAAGCCCUUUGAUCAGCUGUUCACUCUACAUGAUAUUGAUCAAGUGAAUCCUCCAAUGAAUGUUACAGUGGAAAUUGAAAGAAACUCUCUAUAUAUACAAUGGGAGAAACCACUUUCUGCCUUUCCAGGCCAUUGCUUUAAUUAUGAAUUGAAAAUUUACAACACAAAAAAUGGUUACAUUCAGAUGGAAAACCUGAUCACCAAUAAGUUCAUCUCAAAAAUUGAUGAUGUUUCUACAUAUUCCAUUCAAGUGAGAGCAGCUGUGAGCUCACCUUGCAGAAUGUCAGGAAGGUGGGGAGAGUGGAGUCAACCAAUUUAUGUGGGAAAGGAAAGGAAGCCCUCGGUAGAAUGGCAUCUCAUCGUGCUCCCAACAGCCAUCUGCUUCGUCUUGUUAAUCUUCUCACUCCUCUGCAGAGUGUGUCACCUAUGGACCAAGUUGUUUCCACCAGUUCCGGCCCCGAAGAGUAACAUCAAAGAACUUCCUGUAGUGACUGAAUAUGAGAAACCUUCGAAUGAAACCAAAAUUGAAGUUGUACUUUGUGUGGAAGAGGUUGGAUUUGAAGUCAUGGAAAAUUCCAUGUUUUGAUGGCAUUGUGACAUUCUGAAAUGAACUCAUACAGGGCUCCGUGAUAAGAGCAAUGACUGAUAUUUCUUGGCGAGGAGGUAUUUCAAAUGAACACUCAGUUUGAUUGCAAGACACCAAUACAUCCAGACACAUGAGUCACCAAUGUCCCAUCUCAUAAAGUGUGCUUGUCUCACCCAAA